AUGUCCUGGUGGGUGGGCAACGCAAAGUCAGAUUAUAGAUUCGUCAAGCCAGACCACCGCAGUAUGCUGUCCAUCUGGUUACUCGGCGCAUACCUAUUAUUUCGCGAGUUGUACCAGUUCGAUCACCUGGACCGCCAAUUCGACUUCGGUCUUGGCCUGCCAGACGGAUGGAAGCUUGGCUUCUGA